AUGCUAUCAUCAUUCAUCGUCGUUUCAGUCUCCCUUGUAAUUUCAAAAGCUGAAUCACAAUCACACCUGAUCGACCAUCUCCUCGUCCUUCAGUCCCAAUCGAAAUCGGGAGUCAUCCAUUUAGACGAUCAAUCUGUCUCCAAGUUCUUAAGGUCCCCGAAAACCCCACGCCCUUACUCUCUGCUCAUCUUCUUCGACGCCGUUCAACUCCGAGAUAAAUCCGACCUUAGCCUCCGCGAUCUCAGCCAAGAGUUCGCCGUCGUCGCCUCUUCUUUCAUCGCCAACCACAACUCGGCCAACCCCAAGCUCUUCUUCUGCGACAUCGAGUUCCGCGAAUCCAAAUCUUCUUUCAACCUCUUCGGCGUCAAUUCCCUUCCCAACCUCUACCUCGUCGGCCCCGCAGCCAAAUCACUGAAAGAUGACUCGGAACGAAUGCAGCAGGCCGGCUUCACUCGAUUCACCGAAUCACUCGUCGAUUUCAUCGAGUCUAAAACUAAACUCACCGUGGGUCCCAUCCACCGUCCUCCCAUCAUUUCGAAAACUCAAGUCGGUAGCAUCCUCGGGUUUUUAUUGAUCUGGUCUGCGUUCGCCGCAAAAAAGGUGUUCAGCGGCGAAACCGUGUUACACAACCCUAGGAUUUGGCUUUCAGGAGCCAUUUUUGUUUAUUUCUUCAGCGUUUCGGGAGCAAUGCAUACCAUAAUAAGGAGGAUGCCGAUGUUCUUGAUGGACAGGGACGAUCCAGACAAAUUGAUCUUCUUCUACCGAGGAACAGGAGUACAACUUGGAUUGGAAGGGUUCGCGGCGGGUUUUCUUUACACGGUUGUGGGAUUGUUGCUUGCAUUUGUCUCCCAUGUCCUGGUUUAUGUCAAGGAUCCAAAGGCGCAGCGUCUGGCUAUGUUAUUCUCCAUCUUAGUAUCUUUCUGGGCAGUCAAGCAAGUGAUUUUCUUGGACAAUUGGAAGACCGGAUAUGCCAUUCAUGGAUUCUGGCCUUCCUCUUGGAACUAA